AUGGGAGGAGCAGGCAAGAAGCCCGUCAACAUUUUCCGCAUCUCCCUUGGCGAUGAGCCUCGGGAGGUCAACAACUGGCGCCUAUGGUUUGCCGUCCUCAGUUUCGGUAUCAUGGGUGCCGCCCGUGGUAUCGAUGAGGGCCUGAUUUCUGGUACCUUCAACACCAAAGCCUUCCAGACUCUGCUCGGCUUUGAUACACUCGACGAAAAAGAGUAUGCCGACAUCAAGGGCAACGUCAGCGCUAUGGUCCAAAUUGGCAGUGUCGGCGGUGCCCUCCUUGCCUUCCUGCUCGCCGACAGAAUCGGUCGUCUGUGGGCCACCCGUCAACUUUGUCUCCUAUGGAUCCUUGGUAUCGUCAUCUUUAUGACCAACGGCGGCAGACUCGGCCAGGUCUACGCAGGCAGAUUCAUCGCAGGGCUGGGAAUAGGGCAGACAACCGUCGUCGCCCCAAUUGCGGAGAUCGCCCCUAAAGCUGUCCGUGGGCUCUGUACUUGCGUGUUUGCAGGUUCAGUCUACAUCGGAAUCAUGCUUGCGUACUUUGCUAGUUACGGCAGCAACCUACACAUCGAUAUCAACAGCUACAACUCAUGGGCUGUUCCCACCUCCAUGCACAUCAUGUUUGCUGGUCUCAUCUUCAUUCUGUCAUUCUUCAACAAGGAAUCGCCCCGGUUCCUCAUCAAGAAAGGCAACGUGGAGCAUGCUGUCGAGAAUCUCGCCCGAAUUCGCAAUCUACCUGCUGACCACGAAGUCAUCGUCCACGAGAUUCACGAGAUCAAGCACCAGCUGGCUGAAGAGCAGGAGGCUACUAUGGGCCAGGGUGUCUUCGGCAUCUUCCGCGAGAUGUUCUGCAUGCCCAACAACUUCUACCGAAUCUACCUUGGUCUCGGCUCACAGUUACUCUCGCAAUGGUCGGGUGCACAGAGCAUCACCAUUUACGCCCCUGACAUGUUUGCCCUUUUGGGCACCACCGGUCAGCGCGAGAAGCUCUUUGCCACUGCCAUCUUCGGUGUGGUCAAGUUUGUGGCGUCCAUCAUGUGUGCACUGUUCCUUGUGGAUGUCAUUGGUCGCAAGCGUGCUCUCAGCAUCGGCAUCAUCCUACAAGCCGUAUCCAUGUGCUAUGUUGCCGCGUUCCUGACAGCCGUACCCGGCAUCGAUGAGGAGGGAUUCGAGUUCACGCCCUCACAGAAGAAGGCGUCAACUGGCGCUAUCGUGAUGAUCUACAUCAGCGGUUUUGGUUGGGCAAUGGGUUGGAACUCGAUUCAAUAUCUGCUGAACGCCGAGAUCUACCCGCUUCGAAUCCGUGCCAUCUCCUCGUCAAUGGUCAUGUGCUUCCAUUUCGUCAACCAAUACGGCAACUCGCGUGCCGUUCCACAGAUGCUGCUACCCGUCUCCAGUGGUGGCUUGACCCCAGCUGGCACCUUCUGGCUCUUCACGGCUAUCACCCUGCUGGGCUUGUUCUGGGCAUGGUACUUCAUCCCCGAGACAGCGGGUCUGUCGCUAGAGCAGAUGGACUACCUCUUCAAGCUGAAGUGGUACCGCAUCGGCAUCUUCGGCAGGAAACAGGCCGAGAUCGACGUUGCGGCUGACAGGCAGAGAUGGACGGAUGAGAAGACCGCGCAGGAGGGCGUGCAGGUCGAGUAUGCCCAACAGCCGGGUCAGGAUGCUGAGAAGAGGGCUUGA